AUGCGGAAAGGUCAUAGGUUGAGUCCUAGAUCACACAUUAUAACUCUGAACCCAUUUUUGGACUCACAAGGUCUCUUGAGAGUCGGGGGAAGGCUAGAUGCUUCAGAUUGUAGUUACGAACAGAAGCAUCCCAUGUUAUUACGUGCUAAACACACACUAACCAAACUCAUUUUUACACAUGAACACAUACGUCUCUUACAUGCAGGGCCACAGCUAUUGCUAUGCUCAGUACGGGACUUGAUAUGGCCAGUCGGGGGCAGAAACGUCGCAAGGAGCACGGCCCACAAUUGUGUCACUUGUAAAAGAAUCGCUGGCCAAACUUUAAAAAAUAUAAUGGGCAAUUUACCAGCGCAGCGCAUAAAUGCUGAUUUUCCAUUCUUGUCAACAGCUGUUGACUUUGCAGGUCCUUAUUUAAUAACAGAUCGCCGUGGACGUGGAUGUAAAAUCACUAAAUGUUAUCUGUGUCUAUUUAUAUGCUUAAGAUAUAAAUGUGUUCAUUUAGAAGCUGUUAGCGACUUGUCUAAAGAUGCAUUUGUGCUGGCACUCCGCAGAUUUAUCGCCAGGCGCGGCAAACCUGCGGAGCUGUUUUGUGAUAAUGGUAGAAACUUUGUAGCUGCAGCCAAAGAGAUAAAUGAUUUUUUUAAGUUAUAUGAAAACGAUAUAUCUGAUUUUGCAGCUGGUCAAGGUAUAAAAUUUAAAUUUGCACCAGCUUAUGCUCCUAACUUUAAUGGCUACGCGGAGGCCGGCAUUAAAAGCGCCAAAUUUCAUCUCAAACGAGUUUUGGGCAAUACACACCUUACCUUUGAGGAACUUUCGUCUCUUUUUAGCCAAGUGGAGGCAAUUUUGAACAGUAGGCCUCUCUGCCCACUCUCCUCCUCCCCUAAUGACUUUUACCUCCUUACUCCCGGGCACUUUCUCAUUUUUAGGCCGCUCACGUCGCUGCCGGCUCCGCCACUGCAAGACCGGAACCCGAACCGCCUGGACCGCUUCCUGAGGCUAGAACAGCUGCGGCAACACUUCUGGAAACGCUGGUCGACCGAGUUCGUGUCCCUACUGCAACAACGCUACAAGUGGCGCGAGAGGCAACGAGAUCUACAGCUCGGAGAGCUCGUACUCAUUAAGGAGGAAGGCUUACCGCCUUUGCUAUGGCGCAUGGGCAGAGUCGUCAAACUAUAUAACGGAAAGGAUGGCGUGCCGCGCGUAGCUGACAUCAAUACCGCUAGAGGGAUAGUCAAGCGAGCACUCAACCGAAUAUGUCCGCUGCCUGUACAACAGAGAGAGUCUUGA